UUAAUUAUGCUACAAGAGGAAUGGGUGAGUAUCGAUCUCGAAACCUUACGUGAGUUAAUUUCAAGUCUACCUAGAUGUGUAGAGAAGUUGAUUCGUUUAGGACGAACUCAGUGUGAAAACUCGGGUAGAAAACUCGGGGGAAACGAAAACUCUGGGUGA